AUGGACAAUGGAAGAGCAAAUAGACCAGAGCGCAGGACUGCCCUCAUUGCCCUUGAGAUUCAGAAGCUCGGGCUGAACAUUGUUGCCCUCUCCAAGACCCAUCUCCCUGGUGCCGGGCAGAUCGAGGAGCCUCGGCACGGGCACACCUUCUUCUGGAGCGGACGAGCUGUGGAGGAGAGAAGAAUUCACGGUGUAGGGUUCUGCGUUAAGUCACAUCUGGUUAGGGAUCACAACAUCAUCCCUGUAAGAACUUUUGAGAGACUCAUGUCCAUCACUCUACCUCUAAGUCAAUCCCAAUCCCUUGUGAUCAUCAGCGCCUAUGCACCUACCCUGGACGCCUCGGAGGAGGCGAAGGAGUCCUUCUAUGCCGUGCUGCGUGGCCUGAUCCUCCGCAUCAACCCCCGGGAUAAGCUCUUGGUUCUGGGGGAUUUCAACGCGCGGGUCGGCCGGGACCAUCAGCUUUGGGGAGGGAUUCUGGGGAAGGAAGGCGUUGGCAACUGCAACGAAAAUGGAGAACUACUCCUGUGUCUUUGCGCAGAGACGGAAAUGGUAAUAACCAACACACUGUUUCAGAUGGCCAACAAGCACAAAACCACCUGGCAACAUCCUAGAUCCGGCCACUGGCACCUGAUCGAUUACGUCCUUACCCGCAUCUGCGACCGAGCGGACGUCAUGGUCACGAGGGCAAUCCGCUCCAUGGAUGACGGAUGGUCCGAUCACAGGCUGGUAGCCUCAAGACUUAGGCUGAAGAUCGCGCCUGCGAAAAGAAGGAAGAAGAUCCCCAAG